AUGCACACUGGGAUUUUGGAGGUAAUAGACGGCACUGAUGAUGUCACGUCUAAAGACCGGACCACUACUGUGUUCAGGUGCAGACUGAGUUCAACAGUCACAUUGUGACUUGGCCUGAGGGACAAGAUUAAUCCCUUGCAUCACUGUAUGAGCACUGAGGAUCAUGGGAACAACUCUGUCAGCAUCACCAAGCUACCGUAAGGCAGCGCUGUGCGACGAGGCAGCUCAGAACAGCAGAAACACCAAGCGCUCAUCAGUCAUUGGCGUGCUACCAUGGAAACGCAUUGUAGCUGUUUCAGCGAGACGGAAAGGGUCAAAGAAGCUCCCUGCAGGAGGAGAGAGUCAGGAGGAGAGUGCCGUUAGGGUUAGCGUCAGCCUUGAUGGCAACCUAAAUCUCAAGAAGUCUCAGUCCUAUGCUAACCUGUCAGUGUUUGCACAAGAAGGAGGGCUGAAUGUUCCAAAUUCCAAAACCACUAGUGACCUUUGUGUAAGCCCUGUCCUUGAGGAACAGGAACAGGAUGGUUCAGAAAGCUCCAAAUCAUCGAAGCGGAUCUUGGUACAGGCAUCGACCAGCGAGCUGCUGCGCAGUCUGGGAGAGUUCCUGUGCCGUCGGUGUUACCGACUUAAGCGUCUAUCACCAGGAGACCCGGCACUGUGGCUGCGUGGCGUGGACCGUGCGCUCUUGCUGCAGGGCUGGCAGGAGCAAGCCUUUAUCUCGCCGCCAAGCGUGGUCUUUCUCUACAUGCUGUGCCGUGCAGUGGUCUCGGCUGAGGUAGGAAGCGAACGUGAGCUGCGCCUGGAACUGCUCACCUGCCUGUACCUGAGCUACUCUUACAUGGGCAGCGAGAUCUCGUACCCGCUCAAGCCCUUUUUGUUGCAGCAGGACAAAGAAGCAUUCUGGGAUAGGUGCCUCCAGAUCAUUCACUGUACCAGCGCUAACAUGCUAAAGCUAAAUGCCGACCCACGCUACUUCACACAGGUCUUUGCUGACCUGAAGAAUGAGAGCCAGAGAGGGGAAAACGAGAGAGUACCUCUUGAUCGAUAAACAUCAGGUUUUGCUUGUGCAGAUGUGUUUAAGAGAAAGAGGACACUGAAGACACUUGGACGUCUCUGAAGCUGCCAGCAUUGAUUAGUACCAGAUGCAUCUAUAGAGUAGUUCCUCAAACUUCUUGACUACAUGGGCAUCUUUACAAAAAUACUUAGUAAAGUAUUAUUAUUAUUACGAUUAUUAUUACAAGAACUGUGUUUUUAGUUUAAAGUGUGU